CAAGAAUUGAGCCAGAGUGUGAGAGUUGACAGUAGCUCUGAGGGUAGGGGCACUGCCGGUAACACUUCUAGAUCAGUUUGCUCCCGAUCGUCAAUAAGAGAUGGCCGCAAGAAUACUCAGCGGUGGACCGAUGCCACUUCCCGAUCAUCCCAUCAUGCAGGAUAUGAUCGACUCCUGUAAGAGGCAUGGGGAUCGAGUCUAUUUGGACGACGCAAGGACCAAGAAGCAGUCCACCUUCCGCCAAGUGCUUCAAAACGCAGGUGCAAUAAGCUCAACACUUCGAAACCUCGGCCAGGGUCCAGGAAAGGUAGUGAUAAUAUUGAGUGACAGUACUGUCGAAGCUUUAACUACUAACUUCGGCAUCUGGCUGUCGGGAGCAGCUUCUUCUUCUAUCAAUCCGAAUCUUCCAAUAGAGGAGAUUCUCUACUUUUUCAAAACCUGCAGGUGCGAAAUUGUCUUCUGCGGAGAAGAAUACCUAGAAAAAGUGGAGGAAGUAGUGUCGCGCUUGGAUUGGAGCACUACCAUAAUAUGUCCAAAUCGAAAAGAUGGAGUCCUCGAUUAUUACAAAUGUUUGGAAGAAGGAAAUAGUGCUGAAGGGAUCGUGCUGGAGGGAUGGUGGACUGGAAAAGAUCAUGCCUUGGGUGUCUUGUUCACUAGCGGAACCACUGGUUCACCCAAAGGCGUCCUUGUGAGAGACGAGGCUCUCACGUUUAACACGCACAUGAAAGAAUUCUGGACAGAUAGUUCAAUACUGCUGCUGACCACACCCAUGUAUUGGAUCUCCAACGCCCUAGUGAAUAUUGUCACUGUGUGCGCCGGGAGCAAGAUAGUUAUUGCCAAUCGGAUGUCUCUUAAGGAGGUGAUGGAGACAAUCACUGUGUACAAGCCCACUGAAUGGUUCACCGGCCCAUCCAUCAUCAUUGACUUCUGCAAGGAAGAUGACCUCGACAAGUACGACUUCUCCUCCUUCAAGGCCUUGUCCGUCGGUGGGUCGGUCCUUCUUCCCGAACAUCGGAAGAUGAUCACCGAGAAGCUGACUAACAAGAGGCACAUCGUGAGGAGCAUGUACGGCAGCACUGAGGCCGGUAUGGUUACCUUCGACCGCAUAAUACCGGAUAUCGAUUCGCCAAAAUUAGCGAGCAUAGGAAAAGUGGCUAAAGGGGUAGAAAUCAAGGUUGUAGACACGGAAACUGGGAAAAUACAGCCACCAAAUUCCAUUGGAGAGAUAUGCGUCAGAUCUAAGGGUCUUAUAAAAAAAUAUAUCAACAAGGAAAUAACUGAAGAAGAAUUAGACAAAGAUGGGUUCUGGCACUUAGGUGACCUCGGCUACUACGAUGAUGAAGGAUGCCUCUUCUACAGUUCAAGAGUCAAAGAUGUAAUGAAAUACCGAGGUCAACAGAUCGCUCCUGCUGAACUGGAAAGCAUUCUUCAGAGGCAUCCUGAUGUUCUGGAAUCUUGUGUUGUUGGUAAGACUUGUAUCGAACAAGGAGGAGACCUUCCUGCAGCCUUCGUCAUUAAAAGGCCAGGUUCCAAUCUUACAGAAGAAGAGCUUCACAAUUAUAUUGCAGAGAAUGUCAUUGAUGAGAAGAAGCUUAGAGGUGGAAUAUUCUUCAUUGAAAGCCUUCCUAAGAAUCCAGUUGGCAAAGUCCUUCGAUAUGAACUUAAAAAACUGCUUACUUAAAAACAUGUGACCUAUUAUUUGGUUAAUGAUAAUUUCAUGUCUGUGAACAAUUUUACUCACCUCAAUUUAAAUCAUUCCAGAAAUAAGAGUUGAUACUAUUAUGUAUGUACAUUGGUUAAUUUAGAAUAUAUCAGGUGUCAAGGACAAUUGUGAUAAACUAGUAUUGUAAACGUAUUAGGUAUAUUUAGUGAUAUAUUGAAAGCCAGUUGAUGAUAUUUUUGUCGUUCGAUAUUUUUAGUUUAUUAUUUGGUAUUUUAAAUAAUUAUAACAAAUAAACAAUGUUAAAUGAAUUCUUAAUUCUGUUAUAAUUUAGAAUAAAAGCGAUGAGAAAUG